AUGAAGACAUCACCGCUCUAUGAUCAGUCAUAUGGAUCAAAAGAAAUAUCUAACACAAAUAUGGAUAUGAUUGAAUAUGCAAACCUCCUAUGCGACCUUCAAAAAAAUCUUCUUGAACAUGAUUUUGAAGAAGAUAUUGCUCCAAACAUACAAGUAAAUCAGAAAAUAGAAGAAGGAGGGAUAUUCAUAGACAAAGAGACACUAAUAACAGAUAUGAGUCUGUAUGGAUUAGCAGACCAUUUUCAAUACAAGGUGCGAACAUUCAGUAAUAGUCAUACAUGUUCAUUGGAGGUCAGAAUGGGGAAAAACAAAUAUGUCAGCUCAAGAACAAUAGCAAAAAUCAUAAAACCAAAUAUGUUGGAUGUCAAGACAAUUUAUACACCUAAUGACAUAAUCAGAGAUAUGAGAAAUGAUUAUCGCAUUAAGUUGGAUUACUGGAAGGCUUGGAAAUGUAGAGAAAGAACAAUGGAGCUUCUAAGAGGAAAACCGGAAAAUUCAUUUGCUCAACUACCAAGAUACUUUUACAUGAUACAGCAAACAAAUCCAGGUUCAAUUGUAAUGUUGAAAAAAGAUGAGAAUAAUUCAUUUCUCUAUGCUUUCAUGUCACUGAAGGCAUCAAUAAGUGGAUGGAAUCACUGUAUUCCUAUUAUGAUUGUGGAUGGAACCUUUUUGAAUGGACCAUAUGGAGGUACUCUUUUUUCAGCUUCAACGCAUGACGCAGCUGGAAAAAUAUUCCCCCUUGCAUUUGCAGUUACUGAUUCAGAAAAUGAUGCAUCAUGGAAUUGGUUUUUCACUAACAUCAAAUCUGUGUUUGGUGUAAGAGAGGAAAUGUGUAUAAUUUCAGACAGACACGACAGCAUCAAAAAAGCAAUAGAGAGUGUUUUUGAAGGAGAAGUUCAACAUGACAUUUGCAUUUAUCAUUUACUGAAUAAUGUGAAAUACAAAUUCAAGAAACAGCACAAGAAAAUUAAAGAUCUCUUCAUGGAAGCUGCAAGAUCUUAUACAAAAACAGAGUUCAAAAUACAUAUGGACGAACUACACAAGAUCAGUCCAAAAUUUACAGAAUAUCUCAAUGGGGUUGGAUUGAAAAAGUGGGCAGUAUCACAUUCUGUGAACAAAAGGUACAAUAUUUUGACAUCUAAUACAGCAGAGUCAUUUAAUGCAACAGUUAACAGAGCAAGAGAAUUACCAGUUACAAUGCUUAUGGAAUACUUAAGGAACUUGGUUCAAAGAUGGAGCUGCAAAAACAAAAAUCUUGCUAAAGGAACUUUCACAAAGUUGUCAACUAAAUAUGAAACUCUUCUCAGGGAAAACUACUUAGAAUCAAUGGAACUCAAGGUGGAUGGAACUUCAGAUGAAUACAUAUUCAGUGUGAUUGACUUGGGAAGUACUUUACUGUUAACAUGA